AUGAAGUGGACUACACUCACUACUACCGCAGUUGGCCUUGCUGGCUCUGCCCUUGCUCAGACAGACACCACUCCGUACGUUGAUGCCGAUACUGGAAUCACAUUUCAGUCCUACACGAGCACCGACGGUAUCACCUAUCGGCUCGCCCUCCCAGCGGAAGCAAGUGGCGAUGCUAGCUACGAUGUGAUUAUUCAAAUCGAAGCGCCUGUUGCGUUGGGAUGGGCCGGGUGGGCUUGGGGUGGACAGAUGACAUAUAACCCCCUGACUGUGGUGUGGCAUGAUGGGACUACGGUUCAACAUUCCUCGCGCCAAGCUACUGGCUAUUAUGUACCCGGCACGUACGAUGAUGCUGCGUACACCGUACUGAAGGGCACGACCGUUAAUGAGACGCAUUUCAAAUUCACGGCGCUUUGCACGGGGUGCGCAAGUUGGACCGACUUUGACGGAAACCCAUUCAUCCUCAAUGGGGCCGGAGAUACAAGCUUUGCGUAUGCUUUCUCUAAAACGGCAGUCGAGGAGCCAGCAAGCCCAGAGUCUGGAUUCAGCAUCCAUGACAACGUCGGACGAUGGAUCCACGACCUGGCUGGGGCUCGAUCGGACAAGUUUGAAGACAGACUAUCCAAAACGCACCAACCGUCACAACCGUCUCGAACUCUGGUUCUCGAUAACGGCGCGCACACCAUAAAAGCCGGAUACGUCACUGGCGAUGUUGUCGACGAGCCUCGCGUCAUACCCAAUUGCAUUGCAAGAGAUCGUAGCAAGAAGGUUUACAUUGCUUCUGACCUCGAAAGGUGCGUCGACUUCAGCGAAGUCGCUCUUAGACGACCUGUUGAGAAAGGCUUUGUGGUGAACUGGGAGGCCGAAAAAGAGAUAUGGGAGCAUGAAUUCUUCGACGAUAAAGCGCCUCAAAGAUGUGACCCUUCGGAGACUAGAUUAUUACUUGCCGAGCCAUCCAAUUCUCUCCCUGUUCUCCAAGCCAACUGUGAUCAGAUGGUGUUCGAAGAGUUUGGCUUUGCUAGUUAUUACCGGGGCAUUGGCCCAUCUUUCAAUGCGUAUCACGAUGUCCAAGGUAUCCUACGCACACCGCGAGACUCCGGAACCAUCGCACAGCUCCCGGCCGAAAUCCUCUUGCUUAUCGACUCGGGAUAUUCCCAUACCACAAUAACCCCAAUAUUCCAAGGCAGGCCUAUCCAUCCUGCCAUCCGUCGGCUUGACGUGGGAGGGAAACUUUUGACCAACUAUUUGACGCGGCUACUUUCCCUCCGUCAUUAUGAUAUGCGCAACGAAAACUAUAUCGUCAACGAAAUGAAGGAAGCCGCCUGCUAUAUUUCCCUCGACUUCAAAGGUGAUCUCGAGCGUAGUUGGAAAGGAACCAGAGGGGAGCCCCGAGAAGACUUUCUCCGUGGUGGAGGGGUAGCCAAGGAUUACGUACUCCCGGAUUUCCAUACAAGGAUGCACGGCAUUGUCCGCGAGUUUGACCCGAUGCUGGCUUCGAAGGCAAGGAAGUUAGCUGUCGGGCGAGCGGGCGAGUCCAGCGAGGAUGUCUUGACCCUCAGAAACGAACGCUUCACCGUCCCCGAACUUUUAUUUCAUCCUUCAGAUAUAGGUCUACGCCAGCCAGGAAUUGCAGACCUUGUCAUGCAGUCCUUGCGCACUUUACCUGUUGGGUUAUGGCCUGGUCUCCUUUCCAACAUCGUCGUGGUUGGUGGCAACUCGUUCUUUGAAGGAUUCGUCGAGCGACUACAAAAAGAAAUUGUCCAACUUGCCCCAGAAGAAUGUUUCGUGCGGGUUGCCCGCCCUGUCAACCCAAUAACAAGCACUUGGCUCGGCGGCGCAAACUUAGCCAAACAUGAGCACAUCAACACACUAUCCGUCACAAAGGAAGAGUAUGAAGAAUUCGGAGCAGCUUGGGUGGCGCGUAAGUUUUCGACUGGCCUGGACCCUUGA